AUGAACACCACGUCCAUCAUGUCACAUUAUGCCGGCACGGUUCAACUGCCGAGGCUGCAGAAUCAGGCUGGGGCGGAGGAGGACAUCGAGAAGGUCAAGUCGCAGCUUGUGGCGAAGGCUCUUUUGCUCUUCCUUUGUUGGGAGCUGAUGGCUUUUGUGCAUCCUGCGGCCACAGUGAGACAGGAAGCGCUAGUGGCCUCCAUGACGGUUGAGGAUCCUUGUACGAGCAGACUGAACUGCCACGAAAUCCUGGACUUCCUGCUGGAGUAUCGCACCAUGAGGUCCAUGUUUGGGAGCAUCAACUCGGGCGAAGACUUUGCGGACGUGCAGCGUGAGCUGAAGAGAGAGUCCGAGGAGCUGAGAUCGAUUCUCAAGUCCCGCAAGGCCCGGCGCGCCACGAAAGGGAAGUCAGCCAAAAAGGGAAGAGGAGGCAAGCAGCCUGAGUGGAUGACCCUUUGA